UCAUUCUUCUUCUGCAUCUUUUUUUCUUAUUAUUUCUCAUACGGCGUCGUUCUGUUAUGGUUCACGCCAUUGUUAUCUCCCAGUAGAAACCCUAAUUUCAUUCCCAGGGAGAAAAGUGUUGCUCGAGAUUUCAGGGAAAGCGUUUUGUUUCUCCAAUACUAGAAUUUAUGUCUCACAAUCAAUCAAGGGCUGAAAGGAGCGAGUCUGCACAGUACAAAAAAACCGGCCGAUCUGGUAGCUUCAAUCAGCCACGUCAGUUCUCCGGCGGCGCCUCCAAUAAGGUCGGCGGCGGCGGCGGCGGCGCCCCCUCCGGCUCAGCCAAUCUUUCUAACCGCAGUUUUAAGAAGUAUAACAACAGCAGUGCACCACCAGUAGGGCAGCCCAGUGCAAGAAGCCCUAAUGUAGAUUCUAGUGUUUCACCUGCACCAGUUUCUCUACAGAAUGGUGCUCAUCAACAACAGCAAACUAAUAGAGUGUCCGUUACACCUGUCGUCAAUACAUCUUCUAAUGUCAAGCCGGCUGAUACUCCGAGCCAGACUAUCAGCCGAGCUGUUCCGAGAGCUCCAUCCUCUAAUGUUUCAUCUGAGUCUAAGACACCCACAACACCCGGAGAUGCAUCUAAGUCAUUUCCCCUGCAGUUUGGGUCCAUAAGUCCUGGUCUUAUGAAUGGAGUGCAGAUACCUGCUCGAACAAGUUCUGCACCACCAAAUUUGGAUGAGCAGAAAAAAGAUCAGGUGCGUCAUGAAUCAUUGAGGGCUGCUGCUGCAAAGCCAGUUCAAUCAAUUCCAAAUCAGCAAUUCCCAAAAAAGGAUGUGGGGAUUCCUGACCAACCUAAUGCUGUUGAAGCUCAGCUAGUUUCCAGAUCAAAGAGGGAUGCCCAAGUUUCAGCUGCACCACCUGUGACUCAAUCUCAGAGUCCUUCUCGACAUCCAAUCCAGGGUAUGCCCAUGCAACUUCCAUACCACCAGCCACAGGUUCCUGUUCAAUUUGGUGGUCAAAAUCUUCAAAUCCAGCCCCAAGCCAUGCCUGGACCGCCAAUGCCGAUGCCAAUGCCAAUGUCCGUACCUAUAGGAAAUCUACCGGUGCAGCAUCCAAUGUAUGUUCCAGGUCUCCAGCCACACCACAUGCAGCCUCAAGGAAUGAUGCAUCAGGGUCAGAGUUUGACCUUUCCACCCCAAAUGGGUGCUCAGCAUCCUUCUCAGUUGGGUAGCAUGGGAAUGAAUUUACCUCCACAGUUUCAACAGCAACCGGCUGUAAAAUACAGUGGUACUCGUAAAACUGUGAAGAUUACUCAUCCUGAAACUCAUGAAGAGCUGAGGCUUGAAAGCUCACCCGCCCCAAGGUUACACCCUAAUGUGCAAUCUCAAUCACAGCCCAUUUCUUCAUUUCCUCCUAAUAUCCAGAUGAAUUUUUAUCCGAGUCCUUACAAUCCAGCUUCCGCCUGUUUUCCUGCCGUGAGCUCUGUUCCUAUUAAUACUACUCAGGUUCCUCCCACUUCUCAGCCACCAAGGCCCUAUAAACAGGUGACUGUGAAAUCACCUGUUGGCUCUCAUGGGGAGAAAGAGGUAUUGCCACCCACAGGGUCACCUUCUGGUGGAAAGGCAGAGUCGUUGAAACCUUCAAGGUUACCAGGGGAAGGUUCGAUUUUUCCUGGCAAGGAGAUUGAGCCUUCACCAUUGAGCACUUUGCCAAUGCCAAAGCCCGGUUUAGGAACAUCAUAUGCAACUGUUGCCUCAUCAAGUCCUGUUGUUGUGGACAGAGUUGUGCCCCACACUUCAGUUUCGGCUUCCGAUCCUAUGGAUGGUUCUGCAUCAGCAUCAACUACCACUGCUGAAGCAAGAAGUGCAGCAGUAGUGCCUGAUUCUAUCAAAGAUAAACAUAUAAAACCAGGCAAUGACCAGCAAGACCAGGUUGGAAGGCCACAAACCUCUCCAUCAAGUUUGCCUUCUCAAUUCCCUGAACCUGAAGCGGUAGAAGUAAAAUCUAUUUCAUCAAGAAAUAAUUUGGUUUCUGAAAAUGAUGAGGAAUCAUCAUCAAUAAUUGCAGCUGCUUCGUCUGAGGCUUCUAAUUCGACAAAUGAGGGUGCUGGGGAAGGAAGGACGGCUGAGAUUUUUAAAAGCGUUGGAGUGAAAGGUGUAGAUAGCAUACAAUCAAAACCUGACACAAUUGGGAGAAAGGAACAAGGAGAAUCCAUAUUAUCUGGAAGUUUGGAAUCAUCUACACAUAGUUUGGAAACUUCUUUGAGGUCUCUUUCUUUAGAAUCUCCAAAAAUCUCGGGCAAAAUGGAGGAGAUCUCUAAUCAUGAACUAACAUCCACUACUGGUGUUUUAUCUGGACAUACUCCAGAUAAGUUGGACGAAUCUGUGCCAGUAACUGGUUUAUCUAUGCAAAAUGAUACAACUUUUACUUCAGAUGCAUCAUUGAGUGUGCCUCAUAGUAUUAAUACAAUGGAAACAACUGUUGCAAAGUAUGACCUGGUGGACCAGAAGUCUGCCCCUGUUUUAGUUUCAUAUCCUCCUGAAGAAGUAUUGGGAUCUGGAAAUGAAGAUGAAGAUAUUGUCAGUAAUGGUAGUGGCUUAGUCUCUCCUUCUCCAUCUAGUGUCAACGGUAAAGUCUUAUCAGAUGUAAAUGUUUCAAAAAGUGUUGCACCCAGAGGUAAGAAGAAAAAAAAAGAUUUAUAUAAAAAAGCAGAAGCUGCUGGGACAAGUUCUGAUCUUUAUAUGGCAUACAAGGGUCCUGAGGGAAAGAAAGAAACUGUAACGUCUGCUCAGGGCUCAGAAAGUUCUUCAAGAGUUAGUGAGAAGCAAAAAUCUACGGAUAUGUCUCAAGAGAAUGCUGUUCCAUGUGAGAAACCUUCUCAUGUUAAAGUGGAGCCUGAUGAUUGGGAAGACGCUGCUGAAAUUUCUACUCCGCAGUUAGAUACUUUAAAGAAUGAAAAUCAGGAUGAUGAUGGAUUAACAACUAAAAGGUACUCCCGAGAUUUCCUUCUGAAAUUUGUUGAGCAAUGCACUGAUCUUCCAGAGGGUUUUGAAAUUGCUCCCGACAUAGUAGAUACGCUGGUGGUCUCGAGUGUUAAUAUAUCACGUGAGUCAUAUCCUAGCCCUGGACGUAAUACUGACAGGCCGGUUGUAGGUUCUAGACCAGAUCGUCGUGCAAGUGGCUUGGUAGAGGAGGACAAAUGGAAUAAAUUUCCUGGGCCUGUUAUGUCAGGGCGAGGAGACAUACGGACAGAUGUUGGCCACAUGAAUAAUAUUGCAGGGCUUCGACCUGGCCAAGGAGUUAAUUAUGGUGUUGUAAGGAAUCUUCGGGCUCAGCCACCUGUCCAUUAUGCUGGGCCUAUCCUCACUGGGCCAUUGCAGUUUGGUCCUCAGGGUGGGCCAUUGCAAAGAAAUAAUUCUGAUUCCGAUAGGUGGCAGCGAGCAACUGGUUUUCAGAAGGGUUUGAUGCCUCCUCCUCAGACGCCUAUGCAGAUUAUGCACAAAGCUGAAAAGAAGUAUGAAAUAGGUAAGGUCACUGAUGAAGAACAAGCGAAGCAAAGGCAGUUGAAGGGCAUCUUGAACAAGCUUACGCCUCAAAAUUUUGAAAAACUGUUUGAACAAGUUAAGCAAGUGAACAUCGACAAUGUAAUUACGUUGUCUGGGGUGAUUUCGCAGAUUUUUGAUAAAGCUCUCAUGGAGCCGACCUUUUGUGAGAUGUACGCCAACUUCUGCUUUCACCUUGCUGCAGAUUUGCCUGACCUAAGUGUGGACAAUGAAAAAAUUACUUUCAAGAGAUUACUCCUGAAUAAAUGUCAGGAAGAAUUUGAAAGGGGAGAAAGAGAGGAAGAAGAGGCAAAUAAAGCUGAGGAAGAAGGGGAGGUUAAGCAGACAGCGGAAGAGAGAGAGGAAAAGAGACUCCAAGUCCGAAGACGCAUGUUAGGUAAUAUUAGACUCAUUGGAGAACUGUACAAGAAGAGAAUGCUGACUGAGAGAAUAAUGCACGAGUGCAUAAAUAAGUUGUUGGGUCAGUAUCACACUCCUGAUGAGGAGAAUAUUGAAGCCCUGUGCAAAUUGAUGAGCACAAUUGGGGAGAUGAUAGAUCACCCAAAAGCAAAGGAGUUCAUGGAUGCCUAUUUUGAUAUCAUGGCACAGUUAUCCAAUAAUAUGAAACUUUCAUCCAGGGUCAGGUUCAUGCUGAAAGAUUCUAUUGAUCUGAGAAAAAACAAGUGGCAGCAGAGGAGGAAAGUUGAAGGUCCUAAAAGAAUUGAUGAGGUACACAGAGAUGCUGCUCAAGAGCGGCAUGCACAGGCUAGUAGGCUUGCUCGUGUUCCCAGCAUGGGUAAUUCUGCUAGAAGGGGUCAACCUAUGGAUUUUGGUCCUAGAUCUUCAAAUAUGUUAUCUCCGCCAAGUCCCCAGAUUGGUGGUUUCCGUGGUGUUCCCCAGCAGCAACGUGGUUAUGGUACUCAGGACGCCCGGACAGAUGAGAGACAUUCCUCUGAGAACCGGACCAUGUCCUUUCCUAUGCCUCAGAGAACCCUCGGUGAGGAGUCCAUAACUCUUGGGCCACAAGGUGGUCUUGCAAGGGGAAUGGCUUUUAGAGGGCAAGCAUCAGCACCUAGCAUCCCCUUGGCUGAGAUGCCAAAUUCUGGAGAUGCACGGAGGAUAGGACUCGGUCAGAAUAACAUCAGUUCCAUUCCUGAACGAGCGGCUUAUGGCCAAAGAGAGGAUCUCAUGCCAAGAUAUAUGUCCGACAAAAUCCCUGCUCCAAUUUUUGACCAAUCUCAUCCUCAGGUGCAAAAUAUUACUUCUGGGAAUAGAGAAGUUAGAAAUGCAGGUGGCCCGCCUAUUAACACACUAAACGCGUCUUCUGAUAAGGUGUGGCCAGAAGAGGAAUUGCAGGAGAAGUUCUUGGCUACAAUCAAAGAAUUCUACAGUGCAAGAGACGAGCACGAAGUUGCUUUGUGCAUCAAGGAAUUUAACGCCCCCAGCUUUUAUCCGUCUAUGAUAUCUGCCUGGGUUAAUGAUUCUUUCGAGAGAAAAGACAUGGAGAGAGAUCUAUUGACAAAGCUUCUUAUCAAUCUAACAAAACCUGGACAAGGCAUGAUUAGUGAAUCUCAACUCAUCAAAGGGUUUGGAUCUGUUCUUGCUGGUUUGGAAGAUAUGGUGAAUGAUGCACCUAAAGCAGCAGAGUUCCUCGGUCGUAUUUUCGCCAAAGUGAUAUUGGAAAAAAUUGUCUCACUUUCUAAAAUCGGGCAGUUAAUAUACGAAGGUGGAGAAGAGCAAGGGCAGCUUGUGCAAAUAGGGCUUGCAGCCGAUGUACUCGGCAGCACACUGAAUAUCAUCCAGUCGGAGAAAGGUGAGUCCGUAUUGAAUGAGAUUCGUUCGAGUUCUAAUCUUCGACUAGAGGAUUUUAGGCCACCUGGGUUUAAAAAAUCUUUGACAAUAGAUAAGUUCAUUUAGAGGAUACGAAUGCAGAAUGCUCAUUUGUAUCUGGUUAGAGAAUUUUUAUUCCUUGGUUCUUUUUAGGACACAGUUUCUAAAGUUGCAGGUUUAUAUAUUUAAUUUUGGGUUAAUGGUGGAUUUUUUUUUAUUAGCACAAAGUCAAUUAUUUUUGCCAGGAUAUUUAUCUCGAUUCUAGAAAGGUUCAAUUGUGAGCAUUCAUCAUCCA